AAGACCUUGGAGCUUUCCAGUACAGCCGGUUAAACUUUCGCGCCUGUAUAUAAGGCAUCCACCGAGACUGCCACACACAACAGCCCCAUCGGGUUGACGAGACGAACAGUACCAUGGCUUUCAGCAAAGUGGUCUUCUGCUUGGCAGCUCUGCUGGCCGCCUCGAUCUGCAUGAGCUACGCGCUCGAAGAUGUCGAAGAGCGUCAGGGUGGUGGAGGACUAGGAGGUGGCGGUAGCUACGGCGGCAGCAACUAUGGCAGCUCUGGCAGUGGUCGUCUUGGCAGCUCUGGCAGUGGUGGUGGCCGCGGAGGGAGCCACGGAGGGAGCCACGGAGGGAGCCACGGAGGAGGUCACGGAGGAAGCCACGGAGGAAGCCACGGAGGAAGCCACGGAGGAAGCCACGGAUCAACCUACGGCGGCCUUAGUGGUGGCAGCGGGGGCUAUGGUGGACGCGAUGGCCACGGUAGUGGCGGUGGCUCUGGCGGCAGCGGGAGCCAUGGUGGCCUCGGCAGCCUUGGCGGAGGUAGCGGAGGUCGCCACGGUGGCCUUGGCGGAGGUAGCCGAGGUAGUAGUCGGGGGGGACGCUACUGAGCAGGAUGAUGACUCGUUUACGAGGGCUUUGGGCACCUGCAAGACAGCACCAUUCCUGGCCAAAGUGACUGGAUGGUGCCUCAUUUCGUGACCGGCCCCUGCUUAUUUGAUGUGCCAAUCGUCUGUACCAGAGACUGAGACCAACUUCCUAUGGGCAUUAAUGCUGUGAUCUAUUUGUCUACGUGCUAUUUUUAUGGGCUAUCUUCAAGCAAUAAAAAAAAACC